UGACUUUUAGCUGUUCUUAACCUGGUUUUUCCGUCAUGUCUGGCCGUGGCAAGCAAGGAGGCAAGGCCCGUGCCAAGGCCAAGUCGCGCUCGUCCCGCGCUGGCCUCCAGUUCCCAGUGGGCCGGGUGCACCGCUUGUUGCGCAAAGGCAACUACGCCGAGCGGGUGGGGGCCGGCGCGCCCGUGUACAUGGCGGCUGUGCUCGAGUACCUGACCGCGGAGAUCCUGGAGCUGGCGGGUAACGCGGCCCGGGACAACAAGAAGACGCGCAUCAUCCCUCGCCACCUCCAGCUGGCCAUCCGCAACGACGAGGAGCUGAACAAGUUGCUGGGCAAGGUGACCAUCGCCCAGGGUGGUGUGUUGCCUAACAUCCAAGCCGUUUUGUUGCCAAAGAAAACCGAAAGCCACAAAGCUAAAAGCAAAUAAAUCC